CAUCAUCAUUAUUAUUAUCGCCACAGAUAAUGUAUACUAACUAGCCGACCGCAAAAUGCAGCGAGGAGAACAAAAAAUGUUUCUAAUUUUUCAAAAUCAGUCUAAAUCAAAAUGAAUCCAUUGACAGACGAAGAAUGGGAAGCGUACAAGCUUCAGUUUAAAAAAUUCUAUGUGGACUCAGCGGAGGAUGCAAUGCGCCGCCAAUUGGUUGCGGAACGUAAGGCCUUUAUUGAUGAGCACAAUCGUCGAUAUGAAGCUGGUCUCGAAACAUUCACCUAUGGUCUGAAUAGUUAUACGGAUGUGACGGAGGAAGAAAAACGCCGAAGAUGGUAUAGGCCCAUGGUGGAGUGAGUGGAAUUUUGGAAGUUAUUUUAAUAGAAAAAGUGAUGAAAGACAUUCAAAACUAAAACAAACUAAAAGAAAAUUGUGAUAAAUUAUUUUAAGAAAAUUGGUAAUUAUAUCCUAGAAUAUUAAAUAAUAAAAUAAUAAUAAAAAUAAAUAUAUUAUUUAAGGAAUAUAUUUUCUGAAA